CGUUUGUUCUCUCAGUCCGGAACAGGAAGGCCCCGGGGAGGUUGGGGUGUGCUUCUGUGUAUGUGUGACUGUUGGCAGGCUGAAACUAGACACCCAUAGGCCAUUCUAUUAUAGACCUCUGCUUGACCUUUGUCAUAUCUUAAACAACACAAGCUAUGAUAUGUUCUUUAACUUUUAAUAUGUCUGUGAUUAAAUUAAGCCUUGAUGGCAUUUAUGGUUCUGAGCAGCAGAGUCAAUCUGGUGCGAGAAAGAAGAUUUUUAUGAAACCUCUGAGUUGUUUUGGCUUCUGUAGCUGAUGUAAUCACAUCCAGGAUAUGUACUUAACCUCUCUUUUCCUAUCAGAACUGACGUUUAAUCAACUAGGUGAGGAAUGUGUCUUUCAGUGUGGAGGAGGGGACUAGAAGAGCAUUCCUUAACUUUCAGAAGAGAAGAAAAAGGCUUAUCCCUCAUAUGUGGUUGACCUUUGAGUCGUAGCCUGUAAACCCAUCACCCUAGCUGGAAAGCAGAGCUGCAGCCAAAGCUAUGGAUUGGUCAAGUGUGUGACCUGUCAGGGGUCCUCGUGAGGGUUUUCUCCCUGGGGCUGGAGAAUAAAAGCUACAUCCUUGGAACCAGACCCUUCUGUGGCACUGACAAAGGAGGAGCCAAACUCUCAAAGACUUUCAUUUAUCGCCAGAACCCCCUUUUAUUCUCAUCUUUUUUUUCCUCAGAGGAAAUGAGAUGAGAGUGGAACCAGAGGGCUGGGAAAUCAGGUUUUUCCUGUGCUUGAUACGUGUUUGAAGCCACUGAAUUUGUAGUAUUUGGACAGAUCAUAAUCAGCAGUUUGAUUGAGUUAUAACACGCAUUUGUUGGUCUAGUUAGCAGGCACAUUUUGAGUCCUGUUUUUGAUUCAGCAGUUGCGAAUAGAUCUUAAAAAGGUGUCUACCAAUUGUCACAUAUAUUUGCGACAUUUGCCAGCAGCAGCUAGUUGAAAUAUACAUGCACAGUUGAUUAAGAUCAAAAAUAUUCACAUAAACCUUGUGUAAGGUUUCUUAGAUUGAGCCUUUGUUAUUGGACUAAGGGCCCAAUUCCUGCAGGGGCUAACCUGUUGUUACAGUAGGGGCUGCAGAAACUGUUAAUCACCAUGAGACACAGCCCCUCCGGUAAUCUGGAGUAGACUAUUUAGUAUUUGUCAGCGUCAAAGCAUGGACCUCGUCUGAGUACAAUCUGCAGCCUCGAUCUCUACUGAAGGACGGAGGUGCAGAGUAAUGUCUGCUAAAUUGCCCUUUGUGUUGCUGUGAAUAUCAACUUGUGCUCGGCAGAGAGGAGCGUUGCCAUGGUGAUUGUCACCAUUUUCAUUCUUGAAACAUAAAGACAAUAUUCAAGCUUGUUUGUCACUGAUAAAGGAGUGAAGGAUUUGAACUCGGCACCCCGGUGUCAGGGAUGUGCUGAAAUCAAGUGAAAACAAUAACAAUGGAAACCUGCAGAGCAGAGUCCCUAUUGACAGACCCUCUGGGACCUGGGUGCCUUAGUCUGGCUGAGGAGGAGGUAAAGGCAGAGUCUGAUGUGGUAGAGGGAAUGGAUGCAUCUGCACGAUCCAAAGUCCCUGAUCCAGCAGGGUCAGCCGAACGACUGAGUGCACCCCAGAAAAGAAAGGUCUCCAGCCCCACACAUUCCUCCAAUGGACACUCUCCCUCAGACACCUCCCCUAGCCCUAUCAAGAAAAAGAAGAAGCCCGGGGCCAUCAACAGCAACAGCAAGGACCAGUCAGAGCUAAGACAUGGUCCCUUUUACUAUAUGAAGCAGCCAGCACUCACCACAGACCCUGUUGAUGUUGUACCGCAGGACGGCAGGAAUGACUUCUACUGCUGGUUGUGCCACCGCGAGGGCCAGGUGCUCUGCUGUGAGCUCUGCCCCAGGGUGUACCACGCCAAGUGCCUCAAACUACCAGCCGAGCCCGAGGGCGACUGGUUCUGUCCCGAGUGUGAGAAAAUAACUGUUGCUGAGUGCAUUGAAACCCAAAGCAAGGCCAUGACAAUGCUGACAAUAGACCAACUGUCCUACUUGCUGAAAUUUGCACUCCAAAAGAUCAAACAGCCUGGGACUGAGCCUUUCCAGAAGCCAGUGUCCCUUGAGCAGCAUCCAGAUUAUGCAGAGUACAUUUUCCAUCCCAUGGACCUGUCUACUUUAGAGAAGAAUAUCAAGAAGAAGAUGUAUGGCUGCACAGAAGCCUUUCUUGCUGAUAUGAAAUGGAUCUUACACAACUGCAUCAUCUAUAAUGGAGGUAACCACAAAUUAACAGCGACUGCGAAAGUCAUUGUAAAGAUUUGUGAACAUGAGAUGAAUGAGAUUGAGGUUUGUCCAGAGUGCUAUCUGUCUUCAUGCCAAAAAAGAGACAACUGGUUCUGUGAGCCAUGUAGUCAACCCCAUCCCCUGGUCUGGGCUAAGCUAAAGGGCUUUCCUUUCUGGCCAGCAAAAGCACUUCGGGAAAAGGAUGGGCAGGUAGACGCACGCUUCUUUGGGCAACAUGACAGGGCAUGGGUCCCCAUCAACAACUGCUACCUCAUGUCCAAAGAGAUCCCUUUCUCUGUGAAAAAGACUAAGAGCAUUUUCAACAGUGCCAUGCAGGAAAUGGAAGUCUAUGUGGAAAACAUUCGCAAGAAAUUUGGAGUAUUCAACUACGCUCCUUUUCGUACACCCUACACCCCCAACAACCAGUUACAGAUGCUUCUGGACCCCUCCAACCCGAGUGCUGGGACGGUAAAGACGGAGAAACCGGAUAAACUUCGCUUCAACUUUGAUAUAACUGCUUCUCCAAAAAUGGUGCUUUCCAAGAGUUCGACCCCAAGUGGCAUGAGCCGGAGGGUCUCCAUGACAGACAUGCCUCGGUCUCCCAUGAGCACAAACUCCUCGGUUCAUACAGGGUCUGAUGGGGAGCAGGAUAUGGAGAAGGCCAGCAGGAACCCUGCUUUUCACUACAGCACUGGAGAGGAAUCAAUGGACUGUACUGCAUCUCCAGUGUCCGGGAAGAUGGGUCCAGCAGGCAGUGUGGCAGGUAGCCCGAAGCCCCUUAACUCCGGACUGAUGCCAAAGCAGGAAAGGACUGCAGGCGCAGGUGGCAUUCUUAAUCUUAAUCUAGAUCGGGUAAAGGCUGAGAUGGAUCUGAAGGAACUGAGUGAGUCGGUGCAACAGCAGCAACAACAAAGUCAGCAACAGCAAGGGUCUUCAGCUGCCCUCCCUACCCCAAAGAGACCUAUCAGGAGUCUAGACAAGACUAUCGAGAGCUGCAAGGCACAGCUUGGCAUAGAUGAGAUUUCUGAAGAUGUGUACAAAGGUGUGGAUCACAGUGACUCUGAGGAUUCUGAGAAAUCCGACUCAAGUGACAGCGAGUAUCUGAGUGACGAGGACCACAAGCCAAAGAGUUCCACGCAGGAUGACAAAGACAGAACAGAGAGAAAAAGGCCAAAAGCAAGCACAGAGGGAGAGAAUAAGGAGGGGAUUACAGGGACAGCAGAUAAAGCCACCUCUGAACCCGUGCUCAAAGACAAGCAAGCUAGUAAUGGCCCUGAUCGGGACCUCCAGGAAAAACCCAGGACGCCCCAAUCUCAGGCCCUCGCUGACAAGCCCAAAGCACCAGAGGAGGGCAAAGCAGCUGCUGCAUCAAUAGCUGAGGGAGACUCUGAUUCUGAAAGAGAGCUGGUGAUUGACCUGGGCGAUGAACAUGGAGGUCAUGACUCAAAGAGGGCGAGGAGAGAGGCGGGGGCCUCUGCUUCCAAAACUCCCAAAGAGUCUAAUGCUGCCAAAAUGGAAGGUAAACAGCCGUCAUCAGCUGCAGCAGCUGCACAAUCACAGGAAGCCGCCUCUAACCUGAAAGACUCUUUACAACCUGCCAUCACAGCAGCCCUCAACCUUGUCUCUACCGCAGCUUCUGGUCAGCCCAGCACCGCCACGGCAACCAGUUCUCCCUCCUCUGCUCCCAGCUCCAUUUCAACGACAUCCCCAGCACCUGCUGCUGUGAAGAAACAGCGCCCUCUACUGCCUAAAGAGACGGCUCAGGCUGUGCAGCGGGCGGUGGUUUGGAAUCCAACCAAAUUUCAGACGUCAUCUCAGAAAUGGCACAUGCAGAAGGUGCAGCGGCAGCAGCAGCAUGGAGAGCAGUCAGCAGCGCAGACACAGGCUCAGAGUCAGACACGAAGUCCACAGCAGCUGCAGUCACAGCAGCAGAACUCCUCUUCAAGUACACGCUAUCAGACCAGACAGGCAGUCAAAGUGCAACAAAAAGACCCGCCCCAGAGUUCAUCCUCAUCAACAUCUGCCCAGGUCACAUCUGGUAGCUCUUCAUACCUGUCAGCUGACCUGCAGAUCCCGACAGUCUCGGCAGACGUGGCUGCAGAUAUAGCAAAGUACACAAACAAAAUCAUGGACACGAUAAAAGGGACAAUGACUGAGAUCUACAAUGACCUUUCCAAAAGCACAUCAGGAAACACAAUCGCAGAGAUAAGACGUUUAAGGAUAGAAAUUGAAAAGCUCCAGUGGCUCCAUCAGCAGGAGUUAUCAGAGAUGAAGCACAAUCUUGAACUAACGAUGGCAGAGAUGAGGCAGAGUCUGGAGCAGGAAAGAGAACGGUUGGUGGCUGAGGUGAAAAAGCAGAUGGAGUCUGAGAAGCAGCAAGCAGUGGAUGAGACCAAAAAGAAACAGUGGUGUGCAAACUGCAGGAAGGAGGCCAUCUUUUACUGCUGCUGGAAUACAAGUUACUGUGAUUACCCCUGCCAGCAAGCCCACUGGCCAGAACACAUGAAGUCCUGCACACAGUCGGCCACAGCUUCACAACAGGAGCAAGAAGCAGAACCCAACUCGGACCCUUCAACCAAAACAUCAGGACUGUCGCCUUCUGCACAGACCCUGCCCUCAGGAGCAGGAUCCAUAUCGGACAAAAGCAACUCUCCUGCAUACAUGGAAAAGAAUAAGGACAGUGCUGGUGUUACUGUGACCUAACUUCUACACUACCAAUACCUUCGCACAUUUUGCAAGGCCACUGUUGUGCUGGCCGUGUCAAAAUUUGAGCUUGAAGGCCUGCACCUCUGUGACAAAUCACUUUCAUUCCCUUAUUUUGGUUCAUCUCUCAUCCAGAGUAUCUACAGGUCUGUGUUCAGGUGGGUAUGCGCCAUGUGAAAGUAGUCUGUCUUAAGAAAUAAAAUGUGAGUCUGUAUGUUUUCAUACUGUAGUUUUGUAAUGGCUUUGUUACCACUUCGAUUUAAGGCUGAACAAGAUUGUAUCCAAUCAGAAUAUCUGCCACAUUAACACUUUCAAUGCUGCUCUUAUGCACUUCUUAACUGUUUACUUUGUAGACAUUUUUCAUGUUCUGAUACAUUUUUAACAGCCUCUUGGCUGUUUCUCAUUCAUCACGGUGCCAUCAGAAGUUUUUGAGUUAUGCAAUUUCAGUUUUGAACCUGAUUCCACUUCAUGACAUGUCUCAACUGUUUCCUUUUUGAUGGCAGUUCUGGCUCAUACAUUUUUGUAUUGAAGUUCCUUGUUGUAUAAACCUGCAUAAAAAAAUCUGUGAUUUAUCAGAAAUGACUAAAAAAUGUAAACUGUAAAAAGUUUUUGUAAGAAAAUACCUGAACAAUAUUUAUAGUGCUAUAUAUAGUGUUUUUAUAGUAUGUUUAAAUAAAUCACAAUUUCUAUGUGUCGAAACAAAGUUAUUGAAAAACAAAUUGCUUCACAUGAAUGUCAGCUCAGAGCAAACUCUGUUCAAACUGUUUAUCCAAAGCUGAUCAUUAGAGUUCAACAACUUGGUAGGUGUAAACAAAAUCUGCAUUUUGGCUGGAUGUUCUUCCCUGUGAGCAUGUCUGUUAUGGGCUUGUGUCUCGUUCGUGUUUACAUAUUGUACAUACGAUAAAUGGAGUCGUGAAGAAAAAAUAAAAAUGCUCUGA